CCACCGUGGCUCGCAUUUCCAGACUAUUCCUUUUCAGGGCAGGUGGCCAGUGGGGCGUCGAGUACUGUCUCCAGGACCCAGGCCAGCCCUCCCUCCCAGGAACGGCAGAUUUCGGGGUUACAGACUUGUGUGUCCGUGGCAUUCCAGCCUGAAAAAGGUGACAGAAGUGACUUCCAGCUGGACCACUGUGCAGAAGAGCUGUUCUAGAUAACGUUAAAAAAGAAACAGUGACCAAGAGGCAGGUGGACAGAGAUCUCAAGGACUGACAAGAACCAAGCUUGGGACGCAGAUUAAAAUUAGUUCCAGACUGACUUCUUGCAUCUAGGACCCAGACACAGAACCAUGGGACCCCAGCAUUUACCACCUAUGCAGCUGCUCUGCCUCCUUUGGGCCAUCACCUUUCUGCCUCAAGCUGGAGCUCUUUUGUGCUAUGAAGCAAAAGCCUCACUCUUCAGAGGAGUUGACUUCCGUUACUGGCGCUGGCUUCUUUUGAGGAGCAUGGUGUGUGAGCUGAGGGAGGGCUGUGAGGAGACACUGGUGUUGAUUGAGACAGGGACCAAUAAGGGAGUUGUGGGUUUUAAAGGCUGCAGCUCAGCCUUAUCUUACUCUCCACAAAUCUCCUACCUUGUUUCUCCACCCGGAGUGUCCAUUGCCUCCUACAGCCGCGUCUGUCGGACCUAUCUCUGCAACAACCUCACCACCCUGCAGCCGUUUAUGAACCUCAAGGCCAACACUCCUAAGUCGGUACCAUCUUCUUCCCAUAAUUGCCCAUCCUGUGUGGGCGAGCACAGCAAGGAAUGUCUUCCAAAUUUUGUCACCAGAGAGACUUGCCCUAACGGUGCCUUUGCAUGUUACAGUUCCACCUUAAAAUUUCAGGCAGGGUCUCUCAAUACCACUUUUCUCCUCCUGGGCUGUGCCUCUGACUCUGCAAGGCUUUUAGCAAAUUUUCAGCAUAUUGGAAGCAUCCGAGUAACCGAGGUCCUAAACGUCUUAGAGAGGUCCCAGGUUACUGGUGCGGGGCCCUCCAGUCGAGGUUCUUCUUGGGGCAUCCUCUCAGCCCUCCUGCUUGUCUUCAGGAGUGAUAUCCAGCUGGACUAGACAAACGCCCCAAUCUUGUCACAUAACCAAAUAAAGUU